CAGUGGGCCCUUGCAGGAGCAGCUGCAGGUGUCGGGAUUCCUGCUCUUCUGCCGGAGCGAGAUGGAAGAGCGCGCGGCGGCGGCCGACGGGCCGGACGGGCUUCGGGAGCGGCGAGGCUUGGGCGAGGCGGAGGGGCCGCAGCAGAACCACUGUGUGCGACCCCAGUCCGGGCCGAACGGGGUCCCGAAGCACUCGUAUUGGUUGGAUCUUUGGCUCUUCAUCCUCAUAGAUGUGGUGUUGUUCAUCUUCGUGUAUCUUUUGCCCUGAAGUGGAGUUACCAUCACCAGGAAAAGGAACAUCCGUUCUCUCAGAAUUUUCUGGAUGGAGCCACUCAGAAAACUUCGCAUCCUCUGGUUUUUCCAGCUUCUGUCCGUCUGACUGGUGGAAGAGCUCUCGAACAGUAUGAUCCUUGAGUACUUGUGGAUUGGAUGAAGGAAGCAGCUUUCCACUGGGGUCAAGGAUAUGUGGCCUGAAGUAGGACAUUAAAAAACACAGCUGAGACACCACAGACAAGUACUAUCGUAUAGCUUGAUUUUCCCAGCAUACAAUUUGCAUUAUUUUUCUAACACGACCAAUAUGGGAGGUGUAUAUGUUGUAAUCUGCUUA